AGCAGCAGCCAGUCGCCGGCUGCCGGGCCACGACCUCGCAUCAACCCGGCUGCUCGUUCGCUUGGUUCAAUACUGCGCGACAGAGAGAGCUUUCACAGCCACGUUUCGGCAAAUCUUUCGAGUUUGCGCCCGAGUUUUUGACAGACUACGUCUUCUACUGCAAUCUUCGUCUAUUCAUGAAAAUGUCACGAGAAGGGACGAGUUCCACGAAGUUUUGAAAACUAUGUAAAAAUUCUCAACCGUCCGCGAGCUUUCUCAUGCAAAGUGUCCAAUUAUUGCAAGCUUUUACAGCCGUAUUCGUUACAUUAAACGUGAGUUCUUCGACUGACUUGUUUGACUUUCUCAUUAAUUUGUUUGCAAUAAUUAUAUUCCGUACAUCCGCGAGGUGAAUAUUUCCGUGGUGCGCGGACUUGGUCGGGGUUCAGGUGCAAGCUUCAAGCGCGGAAUUCGGACGUGUAAGAAUUUGUGUCAGGAAUUGUGGUACCGAAGGUUGAAGGUUGAAGGUCGAGGUCGGGGGUGAGAAUUACAUCGUGCGAAACAAGUGACGCCCAUCGGUUGUUUUUCCGAGGAACAGCGGAGUAUGGCGGAUGGGUGACAGACGCGGAUCCACUGCAGGCUGAAGGUGUUUUUCAGCAUCGGUGGGACCAUGUGAGGCUUCGACCAUGAGGAGUGGCGGUCAGAGUGGUGUAUGGACAGUAAGCGUGAUUAUACUGUCGAUUGGCACCUGGGUGGGCAGAGUCGGGCCACGUCCAGCGGAUGGGGAGCUCGCGCUCCUGACGUCGCCGCGUGAGCGAUUGGAAACCGUUCGACAGGUUCUUUCUGAGGUGCCUUUGAUCGACGGCCACAAUGACCUACCGUGGAACAUCCGCAAUUUCCUCCAUAACCAGUUGGCGGAAUUCGAUUUCGACAGGGAUCUGCGUCAAGUCGCGCCCUGGAGCAAGAGCGCGUGGAGUCAGACCGAUCUGGUUAGACUGCGGCAGGGCAUGGUCGGCGGUCAGUUUUGGGCCGCUUACGUGCCAUGCGAAUCUCAGUAUCUUAACGCGGUCCAGCUGACUCUGGAACAGGUGGACCUGAUUAAGAGGCUCAUAGAAAAAUACUCCCAGCACAUGCAGUUCGCUGCAUCGUCGAGAGAGAUUUUGGAGGCUCACGGGAGGGGCAGAAUUGCUUCCCUGAUUGGAGUGGAGGGUGGGCAUAGUCUAGGAAGUAGUUUAGCCGUUUUAAGAACACUUUACCAGCUAGGUGUACGGUACCUUACACUGACACACACCUGCAACACUCCGUGGGCGAAAAGUUCGUCGGUGGAAGACGACGAUGAAGAUGGCGGAGGUCUGACGACAUUCGGUGAGAUGGUAGUUAAAGAAAUGAAUAGACUCGGAAUGCUGAUAGACCUCAGCCACACUGCGAGGGCAACUAUGAGGGAUGCUCUAAGAAUCAGUAAAGCGCCACUCAUUUUUUCACACUCUUCUGCGUUCGCUAUUUGUAAUUCCUCCAGAAAUGUGCCCGACGAUAUUCUUAAGCAACUGGCUGAUAACGGCGGACUGGUGAUGGUCACGUUUUACAAUUAUUUCGUGAAAUGCGGACCUCAAGCCAGCGUCUCGGACGUGGCCGAGCACAUAUAUUACAUUAGAAACCUGAUUGGCGUGGACCAUAUCGGAGUUGGCGGAGAUUUCGACGGCAUCAACAAAACUCCUCGUGGUCUCGAAGAUGUUUCAAAGUAUCCCGAACUAUUCGCCGAACUUCUCCGGAGUGGCAAGUGGAACGUGCUUGACCUAAAGAAAGUCGCCGGCUUGAAUUUACUGCGAGUCCUCAAACAGGUAGAACGUGUGAGGGACGACCUGAGGACAGCUGGAAUUACGCCGCUCGAGGAUCUACCAGACUCGCCGGACACGAUCGGCAAUUGUGCUCUGGAUAUUAACUCCGUGCAAAGGGUCACGGAAGUCUGAUCGAUCGACUGUACGCACUGCCCCGACGACAUGCGAAUUAAUCUUAUGCCAGCACGACCGUUCCGCGCAGAUGGGCAUGGCCGGAAGAUCACCAGUUAUGCCGAGAACGCGGAUUCAAGGCGAAAAUUCGAUUAUCUCGUUCACUAUGACUCGUACGCUCGCGAGAGUUCUUCGAACCUCGUGUAAAAGCUCAAUUAAACGUCGACAUUUGCGAAGGCUCAAAAUAAACCUACCUCGAUACCUGUUUCACAAAGGCGACGGGCAGCGGAUAUCGAUUAUGUUUUAUUUAAAGAAAGGUAUAUUCGCGCGUUAUAUUAAGAUGUAAUCUGAAAUUAUGUAUUGUCAAUAAUCAAUCAUGAAAAUAUUAAAUAUUUAACAUAAACUAUGGUUAUCUUUUAUAUUUAAAAAAAUUAAACGUUAACAAUAACAAAAAAUUUAUUUUAAAAUAAUUAUUUUCUAAUACGAUACUUUACGAUACUUUUCUGGCUUCUUUAGCCAUAUAUAACGACUUCAUUUAAAAUUACAAAUUACAAGUUAUAACAUUUAAUUGCAGAAUAAUCUGUUCGUCGCCAUUCAUUACCCAUAAUACACAAACAGACUUUUCUACUUGAUAAAAUUUCUAGCGAAUCGUUAACAAGCUGGUCAUUACUUUAAGAUCUCUACUAUCUUGCUGCAAAUAUCUUCACGAUCAUGUAAAUAUCUAAACGAUAAGUGAUGCGCCAUCCAGUAUUUGCGUGAAGAUAAAACGUCGAUGCACGAGAUUGUUUCUAAACUUCGAUGUCUUCCUCUCUUGGAAACGAUCGUAAUAUGUGUGUGAAACUGUGAAUCCCGGCUGUAUACCUUUGAACGUCUUCCUUCCCCUCAUUGCACCGACGAAAACACACGUGCUCUACAAAGCGGAAGUCUGUAAGAAGAAAAGAAUCGUCGUUCCUACGAGCAACAUACAUGACGCUAAUAAUUAACAAAAUUCUGAAAUCUCUCCUACAUACAUUUGUAGACAUUUUUUAAAUUUAUUAUAGCUUAAGUCCAAAACCUUCCAGUUGAUAAUAAUUAUAAUGUUUCAAAAGAUUUAUAUUUUUACACGGAAAAAAAUUAAAUGGUAUCAUCAUUAUGAAAUGUUUUAUUGUUUAAUUUUUAUUUCUAAACUAUGUACCUAUGAUCCCAUAAUUGGAUUUCAGAGUUAAUACGUAAAAGCUAUUUUUUACAUUUAAAGAUUUCUUAUAAUUGCUUUAUUACUUUAAAAACGUAAUUUAAAACAUAUAUGAUGUAUGUAUAAUCAAUGAAUACAAUAACUUAAGAUAUCAACAUACUAACAUUAGUUUUUCAACAAUUAUCUAAAAAUUAUGCUAUCAAAAACUCUUAAACUUAAUUCUAUAAAUAGUCAAAAUUGCCGAUAAAAGAAUUAUCUAUCUCCGGACUUUCCAGUGUCAAAACUCAAACUUACACAUAUCAAAGUGAAAUGUUAAAAUUACUCAUAUUUUAUACAGCAAAAGCCAUUCUAGUUUUGCACAAAUUUUUCACGAUAAAGCUCGGAGUUACGGAGUCCAUGAGAAUAUUAAAUCGAGAGUCGCGUACAAUCCGAAUAUGUUGCUCGCAGGUGCCGAUGAGGACAUAGUUGAUGACGGACGUACGUGUUUUUCGACGCAUUAUAUGCCGGGCUGCAAUCUAUCGUUAAAACGCACUCGGCAGUUUCCUUGAUCAAAGCAUCAUCUAAAGUCUAAAGACGGGACAUUUAAAAUUGCCUGGAAUAAUCGGUCGAAAUUGUAGACGAGAUCACUUUUGCGACAGUUUAUUCCUCUGGUAAUUUUUAUAUAUCGCCGUCCACCUAUCUGUGUCUCGUGUGCACUUAUUAUAUAAUUCGCGCAGGAUGAAACCCUCGAUCAGAACACUGUGUGAGAAUCGAGUCGACGACUCGGACAAGAAAUUAAUCAGUUUGCGCGAAUUAUGCCUCACUCCGCCGUUGGGAGUAGGUGAUAAAUUCUAGGAUAUCAAAAGUUUCGUUGUAUCUCUCGAACGAAUUCUAUAAAUAAAUGUUUCUAUUGUAA